UGGUCUUUUUCACUAUAAAGAUCUGAAAUCCUAAACCGGGAAAAGACAAAGAAGUUAAAAACACGGUCCUUGUUAGGAAAACAAGAUUGGAUAUUCCCAAUCCCAAAUUUUAUCAACUUUAUAAAUACUCAUAGAUCAUUCACAAAGCAAAGUAAGAUGACUUCCCCCAAUGUAAGUGAUCAAGAAGCUCAACACUUGUGCUUUCAAGAAUGGAUGAAGCUCCAACAACAAGGUCUGUUGGAGCUCAUCCACGCCCUCCACAACUCCUCCUCCUCCUCCAGCACCCCUAGCGCUAGUGCUAGUUGCACUAGCGCUAUCAACGACUUCAAGCUAAAACAACUCAUUGAGAAAUCCAUCAAACACUUCCAAGACUAUAUCGACAAACGCAGACAUUUUGCACAUAACGAUGUCACUGCAUACCUUGCUCCCACUUGGUGCACCACGUUAGAAAGCUCCAUGCUCUGGAUCUCUGGAUGCCGGCCUUCCAGCUACAUCCGGCUAGUUUACGCGAUUAGUGGCAAAGAACUUGAAUCCUAUAUCUCAGACUAUCUCCAAGGCGAGAGAUCUGGAAACCUCUGCGACUUCUCAACCAUGCAGCUGAAUUCAGUCGAUGAGUUACAGAAAAAGACGAUAAGGCAAGAAAACCAAUUGUCAAAUAAGCUCGCCAGCUUGCAGGAGGAAGUAGCUGAUCAGCCAAUCGCCAUUAUCGCCAAUGAAGUGGGAAAUCUUGAUGAAAUGUGUCGUGAAGCAGAGAAGGCCCUUGAUAAACAUGCAAGGUGUUUAGUGACUCUUGUAGAAGAAGCUGAUAAGCUGAGGAUGGAGACUUUGAAGGAGCUGGUGAUGAACAUAUUGAGUCCACUUCAAGCUGUGAAAUUUCUGAUAGCUAGCAAGAAUCUCCAUCUUUGUAUCAAUGCUUGGGGUAAAACAAGAGAUCAGCAGCAUGGGAGGAAGGGAGGGACAACAGAGAGAGAAGCAUGUCCAACUUUAUCUUGAGAAAUAGAAUAAAGGAGUCAAAAUGCUUAUGUAUAUGUACAUAUAUGGAAUAAUGUUUAGCUGGUACUGAAUCUGUAUUAUUUUUACUGCCUUUGUAAUUUCUUUUAGUCUUUUAUGUAAAUUUCAAUGAUUGUGUGACUAAGCAUGAAGAUUAAAAAGAUGUUGAUCUGAUGAUACUCCAAUAACUUUCUUAACAAGCAAAUCUCAAAAUAGAGAUAGAAAGUAAUUCUUUUGAAAUGUUUGACAUGCUAUAUAUCAGCAAAAGUAAAAAUUUUGAACAUCUCAAAUUAAUACUAUCACAUUUUUGAAAUUUGAUACCUCAUCCGCCAACGGGGGGAUAAACACGAAACACCUCCAAAUUUCUCAAAUUGCCGAGAAACACAAAAUAAUAUGACAACAAAAGUAAUAGUAGAAAGAAUGAUGGCUUUGUCUUUUUCUGCAUAUAAAUUCAUAUAUAGAAUCUUAGUUUUAACUACUGAAGUUGGAAUCUUUUGCAGGUUUACUUAUUCUAACUUGUCCAUAAUCCUUUCUAAAGUUAAUUAUCUCAUAUACUGAUAUGAGUAGUGUGCAGUUUUACAAACACUAACCUCGGAUGGAAUAUUAAUUUCAGAGGGGAAUUGCAAUGACUGCGAACUAGAGAGGACAUGCAUCUUACUUCACCAAAUAUGGAUUUACUCUACAAUUGCAACAAGAAAGACAACACAUGUUGGAAGGGCAAGAAAGAUGCUAUCUUUACAGUCAAAUCAGGCUGCAUCCUUUUGCUCAGUACACAGCCCCUAACAAAGAGGACUACACAUUUGCAGCAGAUGCUCUCUAUGUGAAGAGCAACUACAGAAAACAAACCACCUAUUUCUGCAUUGCAAAUUACUGCACAAUUGCUGGACAUGGUUUUUUUUAACUUUUUGGCCUAAAAUGACCAUGCCUAGAGAUGGACCGGAGCUUCUACAAAGCUGGCAUAUAUAGGGUGGGGUUGAGCCAUUGAGGGGCAUACAUUCAAGACUCUAGAUUGCAAUUUCAGCAACAAUUAGGUGUAAAUUACUUACACCGUGUAAUAUAUAUAUAGGGUAAAAACUUGCUUCAAUUAAGCUUCUAACUGCUUCUUAAACUAUUUUUUGUACUGUCAAGAAAGUAUACUUAACUCUUGCUUAUACUUUGGAUGCAAAAGAUGAAAAGAACCAUGUUAUAUUUAUACCAACUUCUUGGGCCUUUGUUGUUUAAACUUUUUCUCUGAGCGUGAACAUAGAUUAUACUCGAAAGGAAAGAAAGUAGAAUACCCGUCUGUAAUGGUUUGUGUUAACUUCUUGUUUUUGGAAUGUCAUUUUUCAACAAAAAUUAAAAGUUUUAAUUUUGGAUGGGAUAAUUUUAUUCAUAAACAACAGCAUAUAAUUGCAGCUCUUUAAAAAACUGUUAGUCACAUUUUCAAAUUAUUAUGGGGAUGUAAGUUUGAUCCAGGGACAUAGUACUAGAGAAUAAUUUUCAAACUACUCGAGAAAAUCUUUGAACAGUGGAAAACAGAGAGGGGGAAGGAGGUGAAAUUGAAAAAAAAAGCAAAAGUCAUACAUAGCCCCUUAAACUUUACUACAUUUUCUUUUAGAGUACCUAAACCGAGGGUUGUACCUAUUGGGUACCUAAAUCAGUCCGAAUUUGCACCAUUUAGACACCUUUUUUACAAUCAGCAAAAAAUAUAAAAUGUGUGUAUUACACUCGCGAUGACAUAUCAAAAUGACCAAUUAAAUGAUGACAUGUGGCAAAUUAGUCCAAAAAAUUAUUAAAAAAGGAAUUGAGUUUUAAAAAAAAAAAAACAAAAAAAAAAACUUAAACCCUAAUCCUAAGCUAACCAGCCGCCACCCACUCAAACCCUUCCCCUGCUAUCCCAUCGAACCCACCCCACCAAACCCCUCCCUUUCCCUUUACCAUCAGAAUCCCCAGCCAUUGCAAUCCCACAGUAGGAACCAACCACUUUACCUUCCUCAUUCCAUUUCUCAAUUGUAACCUUCCUCUCCAUUCCAUUUUUCAUUGGUACGAGGAAGAAGACUGAGAUUUUUGCUGGAAAAAAUUA